AGUAGAAUGCAGUGGACCUGAAAAAAAAAUCCUGAAAAACAAACGCACAAUGGUGAACCUGGCUGAGAUGGAUGUGUCCCUCUACCCAGCUGCAGUUAAAGCGCAACUCUUUGCUCUGGAGGCAGAAUACAAAGAGGGGGACCUAACAAAACAGGGGUACGAUAAAAGAAGAUCAAAGAUUAUUGCUAGUUACCAGGCACUCUUAGAUAAAGAUUGGAGUCGGAGGAGAAGCAGUUCAGCAAGUCAAUCGUCCGCAUUCAGUGGGGUCAGCUCUCUUAGUCUCACCGGCACCGAGGGGAACUCAGGUUAGUCUAAAUACCGUCCGCAUUCAGUGGGGUCAGCUCUCUUAGUCUCACCGGCACCGAGGGGAACUCAGAUUCAUUAGAUUCCAAGAGACAGACGACAUUCCUAAAGGAGCGCACGACGUCCUGCGAUGAGCACUCUUUCAAUAACGUUAGCCGUAUAGCGGCGGUGCAGCAGAUUCUGGCCGCGCAGGAGGAAACGCCUAACUUGCACGUAGAAAAAAGAAGUUCAGCCGCUCCCAAGAAGAUUCAGAAGAAAAGCAAUCCGAGCUACGAUACCGAUGGGAUUGAACUGCCAAGGCCAAGGCCGAUGUUACUAAUACCCCCUCCACCCACUGACGCCCCUCCUGAUAGUGAUGACGGGGAACAGACCCCACUACCUCUCACGACGCCUGACACCUUGGAAAAUAUGAGAACUCAUCUCAGUUCAGUUAGAUAUGGCAACAAUCUAGCGCCGAACAGUCAUAGCGGGCAAGUCUCCAACAAAAUCCAAGCUCUCCUACACACGCUACAGCGACCAAAGAAAAAACAACACUACGUCUCAGAUGAUGAACUAUUUGAAAUUCCCGCUCCCGAAGUGGACCCUAAUGCUCCCAAACCAGAAGGUCCUUGUUCAGAAGUAUUGAGUGGUCCUGACUUCGAGGAAGUAGAAGGACAAGCACGAAGUAUAGAGGAAGCUUUACAUAAACACGGCACCCAAACAGGGAAAGCUAUUGCGUUCACCAUCCUCGAUAACAACGGAAAAGUUUCAUCUCAUGUAUCAUAUGCAAAGCUGCUAAGCAGAACACAGAAGAUAGCUUACGGUAUAAUGUCCAAGUACAUGAUGAAAGAGAAAGGAGAUGUUAUCCUGAAAAAAGGAGACCGAGUAGCCCUGAUCUACCCUUCGCAAGACCCUGGCGCCUUCGCUGCCGCUUUCUUUGCCUGCCUCUUUGCUAACCUUGUCCCAGUCCCUGUUGAGGCACCUAUUUCCAACAUGGAACCAGGAGCACAACAGCUAGGGUUCCUACUGGGUUCCUGUGGGGUCCAACUAGCCCUGACAAGCGAGACAGGGUACAAAGCCCUUCCCAAGGACCCCUCAGAUCACAAGGUGGUCCAGCUGAAAGGGUGGCCCAAACUGGUGUGGUAUCAGACUGAUAGCUGUCCUAAACCUCCUAAAGAGUGGAUACCACCCUCCCGACAGAGCCCUCACAGCACUGCUUAUAUCGAGUAUACGACAGCUCGAAAUGGUGAGGUAAUGGGUGUAACCCUAUCCCGAGCUGCUCUUGUCACCAACACAAAGGCAGUGUCACAAGCGUGCGGAUACGACAGAGGAAAAAUAAUCGUCAGUCUUGUUGACCCUAAACGAGAGGUGGGAUUAGCAAUGUCCGUUCUUGGACCUAUCUAUUCUGGAGCUAACACGAUAUUCAUCCCUCCUCUCCUGUCCCGCAAUCACCCCGCUGCUUGGUUACAAGUUAUCACUAAACACAAAGCUCAAUUCGCGGUUACAUCAUCAAGAGCGAUGUUGAACGCUCUGAAAGUUACACAAAUGCCAAAAGAUAUCAACUUGGCUUGUCUUGAAAUGAUAUUAGUAUCGGAUGGAUACCAACCAUGGACGGUUUACACGUGUGACAGUUUCCAGUCGAGUCUCCAAACUAAAGGCCUAGACCCAGCCGCCAUGUGUCCCUGUGCUUACAGUCCUAACUCUCUUACAUUCGCUCUGAGGAGGCCGAGGAGCGAUAUAGGACACCGGGGAGUACUAUCCCUAUCAGCUCUAAGUUACAACGUUGUUAAGUACGACGAGGACGCCAAUCUCACCAGUCUGAGUUUACAGGACUGUGGGAAUGUUCUCCCUGGAGUGAACCUGGUCAUCCUGAAACUGGAAGGAUCUAUGAUGUGUAAAACAGACGAGAUUGGUGAGAUCUGUAUCAGUAGCAUCAGCUGUGGAUCUGGCUACUUUGGGCUUUCUGGCAAAUCUGAACAGUACUUUAAGGUCAUCCCACUCGACAAAGAAGGCAGGCCGGUUGGUAACCAUGCCUACGCUAAAACAGGUCUCCUCGGUUUCGUGAACGCAGCCGGAUCAGUCUUUGUGUCCGGGACAGUAGCGGGAAUGAUCAAACUGGGUGGGAGGGUCCACAACAGUGAGGACCUCCGAGCUACCGUUUUGGCGGUCGAACCUCCCAGCUUUGUUCACAGACUCAGAGUUGCCAUAUUUUCUGUUCCCUUAUUAAGAGAGGAGAGGAUAGUGGUGGUGGCAGAACAAAGUAACAACUUUAGCGACGAACAGUCCUUCCAGUGGAUGUCCCACGUUCAGCAAGCUAUUGAGAGUAUCCAUCAAGUUGUUGUGUACGGCAUCCUCUUGGUGGCUCCCUCCGGACUUCCGAAGUGCAGUGACGGAAGUCUGAACAUAAAAGAAACGAAAGACAAAUUUAUGAAAGGACAACUCAACCCAUCAAACAUACUUAUGUUCCCUUAUCGAUGUAUAACCAACUUACCAAAACCCAAAAACUUGAACGAGCUGCCAGUUAACAUGCACAUGCACAUGGCACUCAAGAGUGGAGGCAGGAGCGUGGAGGCGUCGGGGACACCCCUAGACAUUAGUUUCGACGACCAGGACGCUGCCAAGAAGUUUGAGUUCCUGUCGGAGACGCUGAGGUUCCGCGCUCAGAAGACCCCUGAACACGUUCUCUUUUCUCUGCUAGACAGCAAGGCUCACGUAGGACACAAGUACACGUGCUCACAGCUGCACCGCAAAGCGGAACGGAUAGCAGGGUUCACUCUGGAGAAAGCUAAACUUAACUCUGGAGAUAACGUGGCACUUCUCUUUCCUGCAGGACUGGAGCUGAUCUCCGCGUUUUACGGUUGCGUGUACGCGGGGCUAGUACCAGUGUGCAUCAGACCACCCUCCGCUGACAAUCUGUUGGCCGCACUGCCAACCCUGAAGAUGAUGAUGGAGUGUUGUAAUAUCAUGGCUAUUUUGACCACGCAUGGUGUUAUGAAGUUGAUGACCAGCAAGGCAGGGUCACAAGUAGUGGACCCCAAGAAGUGGCCCAUGUUUAUCGAGACAGACGACGCAGUGAACAAGAAGAAAGUGACCAUUUACAAACCUCCCACUCCAGAGAUGAUUGCUUACCUGGACUUUUCUGUUAACUCUAACGGUCUCCUCACUGGAGUCAAGAUGUCCCACGCUGCCUGUAACGGAUACUGUCGCGCACUAAAGAGCGCGUGUGAGCUCUACCCUUCACGGCAUCUAGCCCUUUCUCUGGACCCCUUCAGUGGUAUGGGCUUCGUCUUAUGGUGCCUUGCUGGGGUGUACGCAGGACACCACUCUAUCUUGGUUCCUCCCUCCGAGUUGGAGACAAGUCCCUCACUUUGGUUACAAGCUGUGUCCCAGUACAAAGUCCGGGACAGUUUCAUGUCUUAUACUGUGUUGGAGCAGUGCACCAAGGAACUAGCCAGCAACAUGGACGGCCUCAAGUUAAAGGGUCUGGACCUUGGUUCUAUCAGGACGUGUCUUAUCGUAGCAGAGGAGCGACCCAAGAGCUCCCUUAUCAAUAACUUCUCAACUCUGGCCUCGGAACUGGGACUACCAUCAGAGUGUAUAUCAACCACAUUCGGGUGCAGAGCUAACAUCGGCAUGUGCUGCAGGGGUGCGUCUCAUGCUCCACCCUCGACUACCCACGUGGACCUACGCGCACUGCGCAUGGACAAGAUCGUGACAGUGGACAAGGGCUCCCCUCACUCAGUGGCGCUUAUGCAGUCUGGUACUUUGUUGCCUGGCUGUAAACUUAUAGCUGUGUCCUUGGACAAGAAGGAGCAGUGUCCACCUAACCAACUCGGAGAGCUGUGGAUAUCGAGUUUACACAACUGUAGCGGCUACUACUGUCUAUCCAGUACAGCCACAGACCCCACCCCCGACCACUUCAACCUGUCCAUACCCACAGCUAAUGGUUCCUGGUCCAAGACAGGAUAUCUCGGCUUCAUAUCGCUAGCGCCCAAAUCUACUAUCGGAUCAAAAAGCACGGCGCAGAACGCGGAAGUGUACGUGCUGGGACUGAUAGACGAGACUCUCCAUCUCAGAGGAAUGAGAUACUAUCCUAUAGAUAUAGAGAGUACCAUAUCAAGGUGCACUCAGCGGAUAACUAACAGCGCCGUCUUCACAUGGCAGCAGCUGCUAGUAGCAGUAGUCGAAUAUUCAGGCCCCGAAUCAGAGGCAAUGAACGUGAUACCCCUGGUGACAUCAAGUGUAGCUGAAGAGCACCACUUAGUGGUCGGUGUGGUGGUAGUGGUUGAUCCGGGAACCCUUCCCAUCAACUCCAGAGGAGAGAAACAGCGCAUGCACCUUAGAGACGGCUUCUUAGCGGACAGUCUGGACCCGAUCUACAUCACAUAUAAUAUGUAGCGUUCCAAUGUCACGUGACAUGUGUAUAACGUGUGAAUUGUAUUAUUAAAAACUAAUAGGAGAGUUUUAACUCAUGUGCCCGGAUAGAGGACAACACGUGAUGUGAAGACGUUUUGAAUAUGGUUGUUAGGAUAGCUAACAGUCGAUGUAGCACGCGUAGAUCGAACUGAUGUAGCGCGCGGACUGAUGGAUCUCUGGUGUGUUUGAUCAAGCCUAGCCAGAUUGGAUGACUACAAAAACAGUAAGCGAGGGACCAGCACAUUCCUCGGUAAUGUGGAAUGUAGGUCCCCGUCAGAGAACAGAAAAUAAAGGUCAAUUUUUAUGACUGAAGCGACAGACUGUGGUAUUGACGUAUGUAUAGCCCCAUUUAUAUCGUAUUUCUUUCUGAAGCUAUAAAACUGUAAAUAACGUCUUAGUGGACCUUUUUUUUCUUCUUUAGUUUUGUCCCUUUUGGACAAUCUGUAUAAUAUUGAUUGUUUAGGGAGCAAUUUAUUUUAAGAAACGGUAAAAGAAAACCAAAUAAUAUGAUUUAAACUGACCGAAAUAGUUUUUAUAAUUUUCGCAAUACCAACUUAAUCUGUUUACUUAUUAUAAAGACGAAGAACGACACGUGCUGUCCACAGAAGUGACUAUGUUUACUUUCAUAUCUAAAGGGAUUUAGACCAAUGGUAAUUGUUAUCAUAUGCUUUUUAGCACUGCCAUUACGUUUAUGAUUUGAGUCAUUAAUUUGAUCUAGCACAGAAUCUAGUUUUAAACUUUAAGUACGACUAAAUAAUUUCAUCUGCUGAAUUCAAAAGUUUUUCAGUUCUCAAUAAACCAAUCUUUUGCUUAUCUAUUUAAUUAAUUUUCUUCAGUUCUAUCGUUAAAAUUGGGUCUGUUAACCAAUACUUUGAUAUCGUUUGAUCACUGGAAGUGAAUUUUCCCCGCUGCAGGCUAAGAUUUAUCUAGCGCCCUUGUACAUUUAUUAUUGUGGGCUCCUGUCGCCGGAAUCUGCGUCCAGUUCGGUGCUCCAUCUUGGGCUGCCAGCUCGGCAGUUUUGUUUUGAUGAUCAAGAAUUUUGUCUUUUUUAAUGAUAACUUUGUACUUAUUUAUUUUUGGUUUUGAUGAUAAGAUAUUAUAAUUUCAGUGA